AUGGACCCCUCUCAGGUCGACAUCCCCCCACUCAAGGACCUCACCAUCGACAACAUCACCGAGAACGUCCACCUGAUCAACUCGCGCUGCCCCAACCCCCGCCUCAAAUACAUCCUCGAGCGCCUCGUCGAGCACGCCCACGACUUCGCCCGCGAGACGCGCCUCAGCACCGCCGAGUGGACGGCGGGCAUCCAGUUCCUGACCCAGGUCGGGCAGACGUGCAGCGCGGUGCGGCAGGAAUUCAUCCUGCUGUCCGACAUCCUGGGGCUCUCGCUGCUGGUCGACAGCAUCGACCACCCCAAGCCGGCCGCCAGCACCGAGGGCACCGUCCUGGGGCCCUUCCACACCGCCGACGCCCCGCACUACACCACCGACCCCGACGGCGACGCCGCCAUCUCCCACGACCCGGACGGCACGCCCCUCCUCGUGCUCUGCACCGUGAGCGACACGGCCAAAAACCCCAUCCCCGCCGCCACCGUCGACGUGUGGGAGACCGACUCCAAGGGCUUCUACGACGUCCAGCACCCCGGCCGCGACCGCCCCGACGGCCGCGCCGUGCUGACGAGCGACCGCGACGGCGUCUUCUGGUUCCGCGCCAUCGUGCCCGUGCCGUAUCCCAUCCCGCACGACGGGCCCGUCGGGAAGCUGCUGAGGGGGCUGGGCCGCCAUCCCUACCGCCCGAGCCACAUGCAUUUCAUGUUCAAGAAGGAGGGGUAUGACAACUUGAUCACGGCGUUGUAUCUUCGAAACGAUCCGUACGAAACCUCCGAUGCCGUUUUCGGCGUCAAGGAAACGCUUCUCGUGGACUUGGAGACCGUGGAUGCCGCAACCGCCAAGGCGUACGGCGUCAAAGAGGGCACAAAGCUCUUGACGUACGACUUUGUGCUCGUCAGCGAUGAUGAGGCCAAGGCGUUGCGCGAGAAGAAGGCGAUGGAGGCGAUGGAGGCCCAGGGAAGGAAAAUGAAGCUUUGGAAUGGUCUGCCGGUUCCGGAUGUUGACUGA